AUGCUGCCGGCUCUGGCCGCUCAGCGGAGGGGAUGGCGCUGCUUUUACCAGCUGCGUCUGCGGGGCCGGGGCCCGCCGGUCUGCCCCGGGUGGCAAGUACCCAUUAAAGCUGGGAGACUCUUGGCCAUCCUGCCAGGUGGCUGCCAGCCUCAUCCCUCAAGUCAAGUAAGAGCUUAUUCCUCCAACGAUCAGAAAAACAGCACAAGAACGCCAGACGCAACGUCUCCAGAAGGCACUGCGCAGAAGACAGCCGCUGCCCGGGACGCUCUCAAUCAAAUUCCUUUCCCACAGCAGCCAAUUCAAGUAAAAGUGAAAGCUGUGCUCAAAAAAAGAGAAUAUGGACCAAAGUACACAAAGAAUAACUUCAUCACUGGCGUGAGAGCAAUAAGUGAAUUUUGCCUUAAGUCCAGUGACCUUGACCAGCUUCGAAAAAUCAGACGGCGAAGCCCUCACGACGACACCGAAGCUUUCACUGUAUUUUUGAGAUCAGAUGUGGAAGCUAAGUCUACAGAAGUCUGGGGCAGCCCGGAAGCUCUUGCGCGGGAGAGGAAACGGCGGAAAGAAGCUGAAAGGGAAUACAUGGAAAAAUUAUUUAGAAGCCAGAAAUUGUUGAGAGAAUACAGGAAUUUCCAAGGAGAAACUAAGCCGCGCUCCCGUGCCACAGCUGUUUUUCUGAGCGGACCAGGAAAAGUGGUGAUGGUUGCAAUUUGUAUAAACGGCUUGAAUUUCUUCUUCAAGCUGCUUGCGUGGGUUUACACGGGCUCGGCAAGCAUGUUCUCCGAAGCCAUACAUUCCUUAGCAGACACUUGCAACCAGUCCAGAUUCAGUGAAAUAACUAGCAGUUUGGGAAAGUAUGGCUUCACAAACAUGCGCUACAUCGCGUCUCUGAUCAGCGGCGUUGGCAUCUUCAUGAUGGGGGCCGGCCUCUCGUGGUAUCAUGGGGUUAUCGGGCUACUCAACCCUCAGCCGAUAGAAUCCCUUCUCUGGGCUUACUGCAUUUUGGCAGGAUCUCUGGUGUCAGAAGGAGCUACUCUCCUGGUAGCUAUCAACGAAAUCCGAAGGAGCGCCCGAGCGAACGGACUCUCCUUCUAUCACUACGUUAUCCAGGCUUGUGAUCCCAGCACAAACGUUGUGUUGUUAGAAGACACGGCUGCAGUUCUGGGCGUGAUGCUGGCUGCUACCUGCAUGGGGCUGACUUCCUUAACAGGUAACCCCUACUACGACAGCCUGGGCUCUCUGGGCGUGGGGACUUUGUUGGGAGUUGUGUCGGCGUUCCUCAUCUACACUAACACGGAGGCCCUGCUGGGCAGAUCCAUCCAGCCCGACCGGCUUCAGAAGCUGACCGAACUACUGGAGUGUGAUGCUGCAGUGCGAUCGGUGUCCCGGUCUGCUAUCGUAUCAAUUUAUAUCAUAUCAAUUGAUAUUCAUAUAUCCUAUCAGGAGAUCCAGCAGGUGAAAACUCUGGAAGAUUUAGAGGCUUUCAUGCUUAAACAUGGAGAAAACAUCAUUGACACUUUAGGAGCAGAGGUGGAUCGACUUGAAAAGGAUCUGAAGAAACUGAAUCCUGAAGUACGGCAUGUGGAUCUGGAAAUACUGUAAUCU